CGACCCUCUCUGAUACACGACAUCGCUGGCCGGGUCGAGGAGCCUCGGACCAGCGUAUGACCCUGGGCCGACCAUUCGCUGCUGCAGGGUGCCCGCGCCUUCCGACUAUGCACCCGGAAUGACUCUCGACCCAAGCAACUCUGUGCCGAGCCGUGACCGUGAGAGGGGCUCCUGUCCCCGUUCCGCAACCGAGCACGUCGAUACAUUGCAAAGAUCGGCUCCUUAGCGUCAACACCUAGUCACCGUCCCCAUGCCGCCACCGUUCCCCAUCAACCCGUCCCUGCUCCCUACCGUCCCGACGCGGAAGGCACUCCUGAUUCUGGACCUGCAGAAUGACUUCCUGUCGUCGGAUGGCGCUCUGCACGUCGGGGAGCCUGAGGACUUCGUAGACCGCAUCCUGGAUCUGGCCAAGGCCUUCCGUGACGCGGCUGCUGGCGACGUAAUCUGGGUGCGCAGCGAGUUCGAGCACCACUGUUCCCUGCUGGAAGACGGCGACCAGAUCGUCACUGCGGACACGGUGCCGCGUCCGCAAAAGCCGGGGCCCUCCCGAGGGCGUCAGCCGACAUCCGCCCUGCACGACAGCGCGGCUAUGGAGGCGGACGAGGAGGCCUUCCUCAGCACCGGCGGCGACGGCGGCAAAGAGCCCUGCGUCCGCAAGGGCACGCAGGGGGCCGAAUUCGCGCCGAAAGUGAAGGCGGCCAUCGCCACGGGGCGAGAUAUCGUUGUGACCAAGACGCGCUACAGCGCAUUCGCCCCGGGGCAGCAGCUGCAGCUGGCGCAGCUGCUCCAGAGGCGCUUCGUGACGCACCUGUACGUGUGCGGGGCGCUGACGAACAUCAGCAUCUACGCGACGGCGCUGGGUGCGGGCCAGCACGGCUGCGCCGUGACGCUGCUCGAGGACUGCUGCGGCUUCCGGAAGACGGCGCGGCACGUCAGCGCCGUGCGCCAGCUGAUGCACUUGACCGGCUGCGAGGUGGUGAGCGCCGACACGCUGCUCGAGCAGCUGCAGCCUCCCGCGCCGCAGGGGCAGUCCGCACAGUCGACGGGUUUGUCGCCGGUCGUGUCCAAGAUGUCGCUGCAACCCGGCGGGGGCGGCGGCGGUGGGGCCCCGGAUGCCUCCCCCGCAGCGGCACCCCAACCCCGGUCGACACCUUCUCCGCCGCUGUCGCAGUCGGGUCCGGGCGCUCGCAAGCAGUCAACAACGCCUUGCCCGGCGAGCUCGAACCAGAGCAGCAGCGCCAAGGCGGGCACGCGGCGCCCUUCAAAUGACUCGGGGCAUUUAGAAGCCGAGUCUGACCCGUCAUCAUCAGACGGUGAGUCAUCGCGCAGCCUCAAAAGGGCAUUGGAAGAAGCAAAGAGAAAGCGGAGGAACGCAUCUCUUGCGCAGCCUGCGCAGGGCGAAUUGGAGAGCCCAGAAGGUCCGCUCCCACUCCCAGGGCCGCGCAGCACCACAAAAGCUGAGAAGCCCAGGGUAAACAAUCCGGUCCGAUUUCGUGUGCCACGCAGCGCCCAGGAUAAGAAGCCGUCAACACCGUCGAAACCGUCGACACCGUCGUCCACUGGGAGCAUUCCGAUCCGCAGCACCAAACCGUCCCCGGCCGCCGCUCCAAGGGAGGCACAGCCAGAAGUUGCCGUGAAGGUUCCCCCCGCAUUGGAACAGAAAAAGCCAGCUCCCGAAAAGAUGGCAGAUCAGCCGGCCCCCGUCGUGUCCGAGCCACUGUGCGAGGGCGACACCACCAUCAUCACCAACGUGCUGCCCCCCGACUUGGCCGCCGAUGCCUUCGAGCGCCUGCUGGAGGAGGUCAGCUGGGCCGGCAUGUCGCACAUGGGCGGCGAAGUGCCGCGCCGCAUCGCCGUGCAGGGCGCCGUCGCCGAAGACGGCAGCAUGCCCGUCUACCGACACCCGGCGGACGAGUCGCCUCCGCUGCUUCCCUUCUCUCCCACGGUGCUGCGCAUCAAGGAGGAAGUCGAAAAGCACCUGGGACACCCGGUCAACCACGUGCUGAUCCAGCACUACCGCACCGGCAACGACUACAUCAGCGAGCACAGCGACAAGACCCUGGACAUCGUCCCCGGGAGCUUCAUCGCCAACGUCAGCCUGGGCGCCGAGCGCACCAUGGUGUUCCGCACGAAGCGCCCGCCCAAGGAGGACGACGACAACAACAACGACAAUCACUCGGCCGCCACCACGCAACAGUCUCCAUCUGCUCCCGCAACGACGACGACGCCCGACAGCAACGACGACGGCGCCAACCAGCCGCCCCAACCGUCAAAACAACCGGCCGACAACCACCCCACCGCCGCCGCCGCCGCCCGCACCACCGUCCGCGCCCCGCUCCCGCACAACUCGCUCUGCCGCAUGGGCCUGGCGACCAACGCGCGCUGGCUGCACGCGAUCCGGCAGGACAAGCGGGCGGAGCGCGACAAGACGGCGGCGGAGCUGUCGCACGGCGGGGCGCGCAUCAGCCUGACCUUCCGGCAGAUCGGCACGUUCAUCGACGGCGACAGCGCGCAGCCGCAGCGCAUCUGGGGCCAGGGCGCGGUGGCCAAGGCGCGCGCCGACGCGCGGCCCGUGGUCAACGGCCAGACCGACGAGGCCGCGCGCCUGCUGCGCGCCUUCGGCGCCGAGAACAACCGCGCCGCCUUCGACUGGCGCCGCUGGUACGGCGCCGGCUUCGACGUCCUGCACAUGGGCACGCCCAAGCGCUGGUUUGCCAGCCAUGUUUCUUCCAGCGCCAGCUCCAGCGUCAACCCAAAUGGCUCCCGCGGCGGCGGCGAGGGCGCGAUCGCCAACACGCGCGUGGCGCUCGCGCUGGCGGAGCUGGGCGUGGGCUGCGCGCGCGGCAGCGUCGAGGGCGCGCCCGUGCGGUUCGAGGACAACAAUAACUACAGCAACGACCCGGGCCGGCGGCCGGCGGCUGUCGCCGGCGCCCCUGUCGUUGUCGAGGGCCACGCGUCGGUGCUGCGCUACCUGGACGCCGUGUACGGCCCCGGCCGGCGGUGCGACCAGAUGCCGCCCGCGGAGGUGGCGCGGCGGGUGGUGCGGUUGCAGCGCGCGCUGGAUCUGCUGGGGCGGUGGACUGCGGUGCUGGGGGAGGCUGGCCUGCCGGUGCGGGAUGGUAGUGGUGGUGGUGGUGGUGGUGGUGGUAGUGGGAGCGAGGGUGCGGCGAGUAAGGAGCAGACGGAGACGGUUGUGCGGCUGCUGGGGGACGAGCUCGCUGUGUGGGAGUGCUGGGCGGCGGAGGAAGCUGCCGCUGCUACUCCCACCACCACCACCACGGCCGCUGCCACCACCACUCCCGCAGCAGCGGCAGCAGCACCAGCCUUGCCCGCCUCGGCAGCAGGCGACAACAAGCCACCCCGCAAAACGGGUAGCGGCAGCGACGCCGGCAGCGGCAACAGCGCAAGCUUCUUCAUUGCAGGCGGCAGCCAGCCCUCGCCCGCCGACUUUGCGCUGUGGCCAGUGCUGCACGACAUGGUGGCGGUGUGCGGGUCGGGCGUGCUGAGCAAGCAUCACCACCUGGCGCGGUACUACGCGGCGUUCGGGGCGCGGAGCGCGGUGGCCAAGGCGCUGGCAGUCCCGGGGGCGCUCCAGCCACGGGGGCAGGCGAAGGCUGAGUCGGAGUGAGGAGGGCCGGGCAUGAUCUCGUUUCUGGUUUUAGUGAUUUUGAUCUCGUGAUGAUCAUCAGCGGGAGUUACGCAAGCGCAGAAACCUGGAUUUAUCGUUGGGUGGACGAUGGAAUGGAUGGAUGGAUAUGCAGGCCGGAAGCGUGCAAGGGAAGAUAUUUCGCUCCUACAUCUAGUAAUUUUUCUUCUUGGACAUUGCGGGAGGAUUUGGGAAUGGAAAAAGGUGCGGUGUUGGAUCACUGGACGAACGGAAUUGGAAAAAGUCGUGAUACAGCAUGAAUCAUCACC